AUUUCAGGGACUGCGAAACUGCUACUCUCCCCGGUGUGGCGCCGCUCCCCCAGGAGUCGCCCGGACAACGUAGCCCGCCCGACUUCCCGUCAGGCUUUCGCGCCUGGCGCUCCGGCAGUGACAGGCUGGAGAGGGUGGGCGUUCCUGCUCGGGAGGACCCCGCCGCGGCCCCGGAAGCGCCUCAUCCUGCGCGGCGGUCGCUGUGAUGGCUGCGGGGCUGGGCGGCUGACCGCCGGGCUAGGAGCGGGCCCAGCGCCCCAAAUCUCGGCGGCUGCUGUUCGAGCGCGGCCUGCGCCAUGGCCACCUCCGCCGGCUCCUCGGAGCACUUCGAGAAGCUGCACGAGAUCUUCCGCGGCCUCCAUGAAGACCUACGAGGAGUGCCGGAGCGGCUGCUGGGGACUGCAGGGACCGAAGAGAAGAAGAAGUUGAUCAGAGAUUUUGAUGAAAAGCAACAAGAAGCAAAUGAAACGCUGGCAGAGAUGGAGGAGGAACUACGUUAUGCACCCCUGUCUUUCCGUAACCCCAUGAUGUCUAAGCUUCGAAACUACCGGAGGGACCUUGCCAAACUCCAUCGGGAGGUGAGAAGCACACCUUUGACAGCCACACCUGGGGGCCGAGGAGACAUGAAAUAUGGCACAUAUGCUGUGGAAAAUGAGCAUAUGAAUCGGCUACAGUCUCAAAGGGCAUUGCUUUUGCAAGGCACUGAAAGCCUGAACCGGGCCACCCAAAGUAUUGAGCGUUCUCAUCGGAUUGCCACAGAGACUGACCAGAUUGGCUCAGAAAUCAUAGAAGAGCUGGGAGAGCAGCGAGACCAGUUGGAACGUACCAAGAGUAGACUGGUAAACACAAGUGAAAACUUGAGCAAAAGUCGAAAGAUUCUCCGUUCAAUGUCCAGAAAAGUGACAACCAACAAGCUGCUGCUUUCCAUCAUCAUCUUACUGGAACUAGCCAUCCUGGGAGGCCUGGUUUAUUACAAAUUCAUUCGCAAGCAUUGAACUUCCUAUAGAGGGAAGGGUGUGUGGACCAGAACUUUGACCCUGUGAAUGAAUGGCCUUAGGGAUGUGAAAUAAACAUGUUGCUGCUGUGGGCCAGCAGUUCAAGGA